CUCGUCCAAUCAGAGCGGUCGCUUCCUCUGACUAACUCUGCCUUCCUGUGGCGUCCAGCAGUCGGACUCUGACUGGAGAUCAUGUCCAAGGUGCUGCUGCUGCUGCUGCUGGUGUGGACAUGCACGGCUUCAGCGCUGCUCAGGGUUCCUCUGAGGAGGAACCCCACCAUCCGAACCCAGCUGCGAGCUGAAGGUCUGCUGGAGCAGUUCUUGAAGGAGAACCAGCCGGACAUCUUCAACCGCCGCUUCGCUCAGUGCUUCCCGCCCGGCACGCCGUCGCUGAGGCUCGGACGCUCCAGCGAGAAGAUCUAUAACUUCAUGGACGCCCAGUACUACGGAGAGAUCAGUCUGGGAACUCCAGAACAGAACUUCUCUGUCAUUUUUGACACCGGAUCCUCUGACCUGUGGGUUCCCUCCUCCUACUGUGUCAGCCAGGCCUGUGCGUUCCACAGACGCUUCAAGGCCUUCAAGUCGUCCUCCUUCCACCAUGACGGACGGACGUUCGGGAUUCACUACGGAUCUGGACACUUGCUUGGAGUCAUGGGCAAAGACACUCUAAGGAUCGGUAAUCUGACCAUCCUCAACCAAGAAUUUGGAGAGUCUGUGUAUGAACCCGGCUCGACCUUUGUAACAGCAAAGUUCGACGGUGUUCUGGGUCUGGCCUACCCAUCUCUCGCAGAGAUCAUCGGAAACCCCGUCUUUGACAACAUGCUGGCACAGAAGAUAUUGGACGAGCCGGUCUUCUCUUUCUACCUCAGCAGGAGUACAGGUAAAGGUGUCCCAGAAGGAGAACUGUUACUUGGUGGAACAGAUGAGAGUUUGUACAUUGGACCAAUCAACUGGGUUCCUGUCUCUAUAAAGGGAUACUGGCAGAUCAGAAUGGACAGUGUGUCCGUCCAGGGGGUGAGUUCCCUUUGUCGGCGUGGAUGCGAGGCCAUCGUUGACACAGGAACGUCCCUCAUUGCUGGACCCCCCAGAGAAGUCCUAAAACUCCAUCAGCUCAUCGGAGCGACACCCACUAACUUUGGCGAUUUUGUUGUGGAUUGUGCCAGAUUGUCUAGUUUGCCUCAUGUGACUUUUGUCCUGGGUGGAGUGGAGUACACGCUGACUUCUGAGCACUACAUCAGGAAGGAGACGUUCGGCAGCAGAGAUCUCUGCUUCACCGGUUUCAUGGCUGCAGAAAUCUUUUCUGCUGAGGGUGCCCUGUGGAUUCUGGGAGAUGUUUUCCUCACUCAGUAUUACACCAUCUUUGACAAAGGACAGGACCGGGUUGGCUUUGCCCGAGCCAAACACGUCAUUGAAGAGUCACAGGAACAGUUUGAUCAAUAAAGGAUUUCUAUCUGUAUCUCUGCCAAAGUAAAAAAAAGAAAACGUGAUUUUCAUUAACGAUCGCUCAAACGUUUAUUUUGACUUUUAUUAGAAAUAGCAAAAUAAAGUAAUUAUCUUUA